UACAGCAGGGGGGGAACAUAACCCUUUGAAUGCACUCUGCAGAACCAUAUCCAUAAGGACGACAGUGUCAAAAAAAAUCUGCAAAACCCAUAACGGUGGAGAAUGGAAUGCUUUGGGGUGUGAAAUUUUUAUGAAUAGUAUCCUUUUUUCUGGCCCACAUUCCUGCUGGCUCUCCCAUUUUGUUUAAAGAAAAAUGCAUAAAAUAUAUUAAAUUCAUGAGAGGAAAUCUUAGCCUCAAAUUCUCAUUGGUUGCCAGGAAUUGAAAUGGCAUACAAUUCCAAAGAUAAUUAUCUUAUCCUCACUUGGCUUUUUCAUAUCCAAUUGACAGGAGCUUUUGUCGCUUAACACCCAACAUGGUAAUAUAAAUAGCUACCCUCUUUCAAGUAUCUUAAGAAUUCACCAGGAAGAAGAAAAAUCUCAAGGAUAUUUGAAGAAAAAAAUAUCAUUCUUGCUUCAAAAGGAUUCCCAUGGCUUUACAGGCAGCUGCUCUUCUUCCUUCCACUUUCUCCAUCUCCAAAGAGGGAAAGGCUGGUGCUUCUUUGAAGGAUUCUAGUCUUUUUGGCAAAUCAUUGUCAGACCAAGUCAAAUGUGACUUCAGCUCUCCCUCCUUGAAAAUCAAGAAGGUAUUGAGGAUCCAAGCAGUAGCUACAACUACUCCAGGUGUUACCUCUGCUACAACGGACCGGAAGAAGACUCUGAGAAAGGGCACCGUGGUGGUAACUGGAGCCUCCUCUGGACUGGGUCUGGCCACAGCCAAAGCUCUUGCUGAAACAGGCAAAUGGCACAUAAUCAUGGCCUGCAGAGAUUUCCUUAAGGCCGAAAGGGCAGCAAAAUCAGCUGGCAUGGCGAAGGAGAACUAUACUAUCAUGCAUUUAGAUCUUGCCUCCUUGGAUAGCGUCCGCCAAUUCGUCGACAGCUUCAGGAGAUCCGGACGACCUCUUGAUGUGUUGGUCUGCAAUGCUGCUGUUUACUUACCAACUGCCAAAGAGCCUACCUUCACCGCCGAAGGAUUUGAACUCAGUGUUGGAACCAACCACCUCGGACAUUUCCUCCUUUCAAGGUUGCUGCUUGAAGACCUCAACAAGUCGGAUUACCCUUCAAAGAGACUUAUAAUUGUUGGAUCAAUAACAGGGAACACAAAUACAUUGGCUGGAAAUGUACCCCCAAAGGCGAAUCUUGGUGACUUAAGGGGCCUUGCCGGAGGUUUGAAUGGGCUGAACAGCUCUGCUAUGAUUGAUGGUGCAGAUUUUGAUGGUGCCAAGGCAUACAAGGACAGUAAAGUCUGCAACAUGCUCACCAUGCAAGAGUUCCACCGUAGGUACCACGAGGAUACCGGCAUCACAUUUGCUUCCCUCUACCCUGGGUGCAUUGCCACAACAGGCCUUUUCAGGGAGCACAUUCCCUUGUUUAGGGUACUCUUCCCUGUAUUCCAAAAGUACAUCACAAAGGGAUUUGUCUCUGAAGAAGAGUCUGGAAAAAGACUAGCACAGGUGGUGAGUGAUCCCAGUUUGACAAAAUCAGGUGUCUACUGGAGCUGGAACAAGGAUUCUGCUUCCUUUGAGAACCAAUUGUCUCAAGAGGCCAGUGAUGUGGAGAAAGCCCGUAAAGUGUGGGAGAUCAGUGAGAAACUUGUUGGCCUGGCUUAAGCAAAUACUCACUGGCUGUUUUACUCUCUACUUUUGGCAUGGCAAUGGUGUUUAGGGGUGCGAGAUUGUGAGAAUUAGAAUUUAGAUGCGGGAGUGUUUGUAAUCAAUUUUCUCACUUGUACAAUUGAAAUCAGGAAGUCAAUAAAAGUGCUCAACCCUAUCUUCAAGAUC